CUGGAGACACUGACUGCAGUGAGUCGCCAGCUAUAAGCCCGAGCCCCCUCGCCAUGUCAGCUAAUCGCACCAGCCCCAUCACCACCCACAUACUGGACACAUCACUGGGCAGACCUGCAGCUGACGUACCCAUCAAACUGUACCGUAGGGGGGAGAGACUCGGCCAGGAGUGGACCCAGGUGUCCUCAGGACAAACCAACUCAGACGGACGCUGCAAUGGUCUGCUGAACAGUCUGGAGGCAGGGGUCUACAAGAUCACUUUUGAAACAGGAACAUACUUCAACAAGAAUGGCAUCAGGCAGUACUUCUAUCCCUAUGUGGACAUUGUGUUUGAGAUCCAUGACCCCAGCCAACACUACCAUGUGCCUCUACUGCUGAAUCCUUUUGGAUACUCCACCUACAGAGGGUCCUAGGACAUCAGCCAUUUUGUGUUCUUCAUCAGGCUUCACAAACUUAAUUUUAGUAUUCUGAGCAUUUUGACAUACAUGUAUGAUUUUUUUUCUGGUUCGCUUCUCCAGAGGUCAUCUAAAAGAAAUCACAAAAUGAUUAGAUUUCACUUAUGUUUAAAUAAGCGAGAGUCUGUAUUUCACAUAAUAGGGAGUACAAGUAUGGGAGAUAUGAUUGUCAUCUGUAUCUGUCAUUUAUUAUUGUAGGAUUUCAUCAUGUGUAAAUUGUAUUGGUAGUCUGGCUGUGUGUCAGAUCAAGAGCAUCAUGUGUUCAAUAAAAAUGUUGAAGAUAAA